UUCGCUGUAAGGGGCAGGUAAUCGAGACUAGAAAAUUGCGCAAGUGUGGUCGAUUAUAAAUCAAAAUCAAUGGCAUAAAACUUAAAUUAUUUGUAUGCUGAAUUUGAACAUAGUGUAGUUAAACUGUAAAUAACUAAAGUCUGGUUUAUCUGAACAAGUAUUUUGCUGAAUUUGUACAUGGAACUCUGCAUGUUUUGACAAAGUUGAAGAGUAAUCGGAUACAAAUGCCAAGCGGAUGUGAAUGGUAUAUUUAUAUAUACAAGGUUUGAAAGGCCGUGAAUAAUGGAACCAAGAAAUAACUUUGAAGCUGUACUUGGCAAGUUCAGGAAGGCAACAAGGAAGGACUAUGACAGUUUUGUUAGUAAAGUAGCUAAUCCUUCUAUAUCGGAUGCUGAAUUAGUGAAAUGUUUGAAAUCUUUGAAGGACUGUGCUACACUGCUGGACAAUGAGCAUGAGGUGCUGAUAGGGGUGCUUCUGAAACUUGAUUGGAUGAGGCGAUCGAGUGCUGUGGUCCAGAUGUACCAGUCUAUGAUGCUGAAUAUUGUGUCAGUGCAUACAGUGUAUCUGAGGGCUUGUUUGAGAGCACUCAUCAAACAUUUCAUGCCAGUGUUACGUCCUGUAGAAAGCAAGGAGACACCUGAAGGUUUCGUCACUGAUGAAAUGAUGGCUGCUCACAAUCAAGGCUUCACACAUGUGCAUACCCUGAUAAAAACUAUAAUGAAGAUUGUACCUAUGUCCUCAAAUUUACUGAUGCCACUUUUGAUAGAUAACUACCCAUUCUUCACAAAGGAUGUGUAUAUCCAAGAGUGCUUCAUGAAAAACUUGCUGCAGAUAACAUACUACAAACCAGAUCUCAGACAGUCCAUUAUGGAACUUCUCAUAGAGAAAGUCAUCAAACUUGACACUAGAGCUCCUAGGUCAGCCAUAUUAGAAGCGAGAUUACAAGAUGAAAGUCAAGAAAGUGGUAUAUUCAAUAUGGAUGAAGAAACGAGCCCUGUGAUAGAGUAUACUGACAAAUUAGAUGUUCUAAUGGUUCAUCUGUUUGAAUACAUACAGUCUGUUUGUCAUAAAGAUGGGGAGUUGGAGUGGGAAGGCACAAAGAGGUUUUAUCGUGAGAUGUUGUAUAUAUUUGAGAAGGUUAUAUUGCCCACAUAUGCUUGCUGUCACAUACAGUUCAUCAUGUUUUAUCUAGUCAGCUUCAGAAUGCAAUUAUGUGAUGGGUUUCUGGACUACCUGUGGAAGCUGGUACAGAAUCCAAAUGUACAUUCUGUAUACAGGCAGUCAGCCGUGGCUUACAUGGGCAGCUUGUUGGCUAGAGCCAAGUUUGUUUCUAUAAGGACGGUGAUGAGGACCGUAGAGCUGAUGAUGAAGUGGGCACACACGUACACGCACACAUGUCAGGACUGUGUGAUGGCUGAUGUUGUACAUCAUGGUCCUUUCUAUUCAGUCUGUCAGUCUGUCUUCUAUGUGUUCGCCUUCAGGCAAAAAGAAAUAUUUGAAACUAAAGCAGGUUUAAAAUGGGCAAAGAGUUUACAGUUUCAACAUUUAGUUCAAAGUCGUCUCAACCCGUUAAAAGUCUGUUUACCGCUUGUUGUCAAAACGUUUGCUUCAAUAACAAGACAACAUCAGUUGGCAUUCUGUGAUCACAUCAUACAGCAGAAUAACAGAUCGUUUUUACCUGUAGAUAGUAGCAGUUCACAAACAUCAUUUGAAACCUAUUUUCCUUUUGAUCCUUAUUUAUUAAAAAGAUCUAUGAAGUAUGUAGAACCACAUUACCGAAAAUAUGAUCAAAGUGUAGCAGUUGAUGAUGAUUCCUCAGGGGAGGAAGAUGAAGAUGAAAUGUUCACAGAUGACAUCCCUUCAUCAGAGGCUGUUGACAUAGUAACAAUGACUGGGAGUCUGGUUGAUAAAACAGAUUUGAUGAGUUACGGAACAUCACCUGGAUUUAAACACAUACUUUAAACAUAGACAACUGGGAUUUAAAGAAAAGUAUUCUAUUCUUGUUGUCUUCAGAGUUUAAGACAUCGCUCACUUGCAGUAUCGAGGGUUCAACGCAAUAAGGGCAUAUCUACAUAUAGUUAUUAUAUAUUUAGAUACAUCCUUAUUGCGAUGAACCCUCGGUAUAUGAAUGAUAGCAGUGGUGUUUUAAGCAGUACUGUACAUCAGUCAAUAAGUGUUCCUCUAUUACAAACAGAAAGUCUUACUGCUGUCAUUCAUAGUGAAUAUGCCGCAGUAUAUAUUAAGAAGUCAAUUUAGGGGUGCGGUGGUCUUGUGGUUAAAAUGUUGGCUGCUCACCCGAGGGUCUUGGAUUUGAGUCCCGCUUUGGUCAUGACAGCACUUUCACAUAUGACAUUAGUACAGGUUUUUUCAGGAAGCGGUCUUGAGAGUGAUUCAAAUAAGCUUAAGGCUUUUCAUCAAAGUUAAGCUAGGAUAAAUAAGUGUAAAUUAAAUAGAUAUUUCUGUAAAAGAGACAUUUCUACUGAUAUUGUUGUAUUUGAAUUAUAUUUUGCCAGUUGUAUCAAGUACAAUAAAAUUUUGGAAUGUCUGGCAAUGUAAUAUUUAGAAGCACUUGUUAAGUAGUUUUACACAUAUUUGUUGAUUGCCAUUUUAAGAAGGUAACAUUCUUAUAAUGUAUGAAAUUUAAUUAAAAUGAAAUUUUAUUUUUUGUUCAUUUAGACGGGUAUAAACAAUGUUGGGACUGCUUGAAAAUCCAAGAAAUUGCUAGCAAAUCUUGAAUAAUUGUUGCAUUUUAUACCCAUCUAAAUGCACAAAAAUAGCAUUCAAUACCUAUAUUUUCAACACCUAAAGGACUGGCCAACAUUAAUUUAAAUCGUAAUUUGCUUCAGAUAAAAAAAAAAAACUGGUCCUGAUUUUUAUUUAAAGUAUCCUGAAGUCAUAGAAAAAGCAUAUAGUUCUGUCAAUGUAGUUUUGAUCUUUGCAGUCAGAAAAAUUAGUAGCUUUUAUUUAAUUUUCAUUGUAAUUUUUGUCUCGAGUUUUGAAAGAUUUUUGGAACAGCACCAUUUUGUUCAUGUUUUUUGUGAAUGAUGAUAGAUUAUGCAUUCAAUCUAUUGACACCAGAGAAUCAGUCUUGUGUUUGGUUGCUUUUAAAUUGCAUGCUUGCUGUUAUUGUUUGUUGAAUGGAGACAGUUUUUUAACUUUAUUAAAACCAUAAACUGGUGUUAAUGAAAUAUUUUAAAUAUUAUAAUUAAAUAAAUAAAGUGGCCAUUAUAAUGAAAUCAAUACAAUUAUCAGUGUAGUAUACCUGCUGGAGUCAUGUGCUUAGUUUCUGUUGGAUGGUUUGGACGAGCAAGAUAUUUCCCUGUUUUCUAUAGCAGUGGACAAAUGUAUUCCCAUGUUAGAAUCCUAGUGAUUUAUCAUAGAUUUUAUUGUACCCCCCGACAACAAAGUUGUAAGGGGGGGUAUACUGGUUUCAGGUUGUCUGGCCGUCUGUCCGUAGACGCAAUCUUGUGCGCACCAUCUCUCCUUAUCCCCUCGACAGAAUUUAAUGAAACUUCACACAAGUGAUCAGUACCAACAGUAGUUGUGCAUGGGGCAUGUUAGGUUCUUUUAGAAAAAAAAUUUGCAGAGUUAUGGGACUUUGUUUUUUUGUUACUGUACUAUAUACAUAGACACAAUCUUGUGCGCACCAUCUCUCCUCAUCCCCUUGACACAAUUUAAUGAAACUUCACACAAGUGAUCAGUACCAACAGUAGUUGUGCAUGGGGCAUGUUAUGUUCUUUUAGAAAAAAAUUUUGCAGAGUUAUGGGACUUUGUUUUUUUGUUACUAUACUAUAUAUAUAGACACAAUCUUGUGCGCACCAUCUCUCCUCAUCCCCUUGACACAAUUUAAUGAAACUUCACAUAAGUGAUCAGUAACAACAGUAGUUGUGCAUGGGGCAUGUUAGGUUCUUUCAGAAAAAAAAUUUGCAGAGUUAUGGGACUUUGUUUUUUUGUUACUAUACUAUAUACAUAGACACAAUCUUGUGCGCACCAUCUCUCCUCUUCCCCUUGACACAAUUUAAUGAAACUUCACACAAGUGAUCAGUAACAACAGUAUUUGUGCAUGGGGCAUGUUAGGUUCUUUCAGCGACAAAAAUAGCAGAGUUAUGGGACUUUGUUUCUUGUAAACAUACUAUGUACAUACAGUCUGCAUAUGCAAUCUUGUGCGUGCCUAAUCUACCAAACCCUUACACACAAUUUAAUGAAACUUCACACAAGUGAUCAGUACCAACCCUAGUUGUGCAUGGUGCAUGUUACAUUCUUUUAGAUAAAUAUUCUGCAUAGUUAUGGGACUUUGUUUUUUGUUACUAUACUGUAUACAUACAGUCUAUAUACAUACAGUCCACAUAAUUAUGCAAUCUUGUGUGCGUCAAAUUGCAAUGUACUGUGUCAGUGCAUGCGGGGGGUACAUUCAUCACCUUUAGUGAUAGCUCUAGUUCUACAUAGAACUGUAACUAUGUAGAAUUUAUUUGGACAAUUUAUCAUUAUAAUUAUAAAUUUUUAGCUCUUAUGUGAAUAUGGUAUAGGUCAAAUGAGAAAGUGGGUCAUCUGGGUCAAAAACAAGGUUGCAAUGUAAAAUCAUAAGAAAAGUUUGUUCAGCUUUACUCCAGAUGUCACAUUUUCUACCUGAUGUAGUGUCAGUGAAAUCUAGGUCAAAUUAGAUGAGAACUAGGUCAAGUAAGUGAUACAUGGCCCUUUUGUACCAGAGUUAAUAUGACAUUUUCAUCUAAGUUGAGGAGUAUAUUUAACAAGGUCUGAGCAGGUUUAAACCAUGGACUUGAGAUUAUGGUACGGAGAUUCUAGUUUUGAUGGGGUUUACACUCCAGUUGUAAACAAAUUAAAAACUUUUUAGUGGAUUCACUGUUCAUACAUCCUAUUUUAUGUUGUCACACUUGUCAUGGCAUUUACCCUUGUAUUGUGUUGUGAUAUAUUUGACAGAUUUUUUCCUUUCAUUUUCUUAAACAUAAAAAAGAUGAAAACUUUUUUUUUAUCAAUAGUUUUGAAAAGAAAAAUUUAUUAAUGUGUCUUCCUUUAUAUUAAGCUGUAUCUUUCAUAAAAUGCAUUCAUCUGUUUAGAUAUGAUAAAUUAUGUUGUAUGACUUUACAUUAGUUUUCAUAGAUGUCCACCAAGAACAUUGUUGAGUUUUAAAGUAUCUGUCCCAAAAUAAAAAGGAAAAUAGUUAA